ACUUGUCUUCAUUUGGAGCCAUAAUAGAUCUUUGGGAGUAAUUUCCUGUUAUAUUUUGGUGUAUCUUAUUGUCACACUACCUUUACUAUCUAUUGGAAAACUGAAAUUCAAGAAAGAGACAAAACACUUGAGAGAGGAUAACAAAAUGGAAGCUUCACGCACAAGAAGCGAAAAGAAGAAGCUUGAGAGAGAAAACAGCAAUAGUCAAAAGAACAAGAAGCUGCCUAGUGUUUGGUUUUCACUGAAGAAAUCUCUCUACUGCAAAUCUGAUCCCUCCGAUGUCCACGACCCGAGAUCCAGAAAAGAGCUUGCUACCAUAUCCACCAAAAGUACAACUUACCGGUCCGGUUGUUCAAGAUCCAUAGCCAAUCUCAAAGACGUAAUCCAUGGAAGCAACCGGCACUUGGAGAAGCCGCCUUGCUCUAGUCCUCGUUCCAUCGGAAGCAGCGAGUUUCUCAAUCCCAUAACUCACGAGGUCAUCCUUAGCAACUCCACGUCCGAGCUCAAGAUCACCGGCGCCGGAGACAUAUCCUCCCCCACCGGAGCAAGGGAAUUCUUGGGGACUCUUAGGCCAGGGACGCCGCUGAAUUACUCAUGCUCGUACAGGAGCCAUACGUCGAGAAAGGCUUCGUUAGCUGUGUUGGAGAGAGACAGGGAAGGAUUAGUGAUUCACCCGAGCAGGAGAGCUUCUCUGGAGAGAGAUUCCGCCAUCAAUGGAGGCAGUUCCUCUGUUUCUUGCCAUAAAUGCGGCGAGAAGUUUAGCAAACUCGAAGCUGCAGAAGCUCAUCAUCUCACCAAACACGCCGGUAAUUAUCACAUUAACAACAUAUCAAUCUCUUCCUCGGAUUUCACAAUUACGUUACAAAGUUUCCUACUUUCCGUCAAAAUUUCCCCAAAGUUUCCUACUUUAGGCUACAGAGUGGUGUCUUUAUCAAAGUAUUUGAAUUUACCCGAAUUUUCAGUGACUGAGCUCGUGGAUGGCGAUUCGUCCCGGAAAAUCGUGGAGAUAAUCUGCAGAACAAGCUGGUCAAAGUCAGAGAAUCAAGGCGAGAGAAUCGAUCGGAUACUGAAAGUGCACAACAUGCAUAAAACACUAGCCAGAUUCGAGGAAUACAGAGACACGGUGAAGAGCAGAGCGAGCAAGCUACAGAAGAAACACCCGAGAUGUAUCGCCGACGGAAACGAGCUGCUCAGGUUCCACGGCACCACCGUCGCGUGCGUUCUCGGAGUAAACGGGUCAACGAGCCUAUGCUCGUCGGAAAAGUGCUGCGUUUGCCGGAUAAUACGAAACGGGUUCUCGGCGAAACGGGAGAUGAACAACGGAAUCGGGGUUUUCACGGCGUCGACGAGCGGGAGGGCGUUCGAGUCAAUCGCGAUCGCCGGUGAUGAAGGGAAGACGGAAAGGAAGGCGUUGAUCGUGUGUCGGGUUAUCGCCGGGAGGGUUCAUCGGCCGGUGGAGAAUGUAGAGGAGACGGGUUGGUUAAAUGGGUUUGAUUCUUUGGCCGGUAAAGUUGGGUUGUACACAAAUGUUGAAGAGCUUUAUUUGCUCAAUUCUCGAGCUUUGCUUCCUUGUUUUGUGGUAAUUUGCAAACCCUGAAACUAAAAAUUAAAAAGUUGGGAAAUUUUGGUAGAUUGUGUGCUGAUUAGUGGUACCAAUCGAAAUUACAAAUUUGGGAUAUUGAUCUCACUAUCAAAGUGUUUAGCUUGCAGAACUGUAAUUGUGUUCAAGCAAAACUGUAAAUUUUCGAGUAAGAUUUACUCAA